AUGAUAAUUGGGUGUGGCUCCGUGCCACUGUCAUCUCUCUUCCCAGACCAAGGUGCUCAAAUGAAGAGUCAUGCUGGAAGAGGCGCAUUGACUACACAAAUCUCCAAAGUGAAGUUCUUUGUGGGUGGACUUCGAAGAACUCACACUGAGGAGCACUUAAGGAGGUAUUUUGAGAGCAAAUACGGCCCUUUAGUGGACUGCCACGUGUCAAAAGACUUUAAGACUAAGGAGUCGCGAGGCUACGCUUUUGUGACCUUCAAAGAGGCCAUUCAUGCCUCUCGAGCAAUGUCGGACUUUCCACAUUUCAUCGAAGGUGUGCCAAUUCAACUUAGACCAUAUAAUUUGGCGAAUGCCGAUCAGAGUAGAAACCCACUUGGUGUUGCCUCAUCACGCGAGACAGCUAAAAAGCCCCCCAAAAACCGUGUUGUGGUUGUUGGAAUUUCCGAUACCACAACAAAAGAUGCAAUUAAAGCCGCCCUCUCAAAGAUCGGUGGAGUUUUAAGUGUGGACAUGGAGUCAAAGAGGGGAUUUGGAAUUGUGAAUUUUGAGAAGUCCGAAUCAGUCGAUCAGGCAGUUGUUAUGAGUCAGGUUAAGAUAGAUGGUAAGGAUUGCGAUAUAUAUCAUUACAAUAUUGGGAAGAAAGUGAUAAGAGAGAGGGAGGGAGAAGGGGAGAAGAAUGGUUCGUGUGAACAUGUUGACAAAUUGAGAUUAUUUAUUGGUAACUUGAAUCCUUCAGUUAGCAGGGAGAUGCUAAAGGAGCACUUUUCCAGAUUUGGAACUGUGACGAAAGUGGACAUAAUUUGUAAUCGCCAGAGUUCAAGACCACGUGGAAUGGCAUUUGUUAGCAUGUCCUCUGAAGAGGAGGUGGAGGGAGUUUUGAAAGGAUGUCCACAUUCACUUAGCGGUAAGGAGCUUAUCGUUCGAAGGGCGUACAAGAAGAAUUCGGAAUUGCAGCGUGUUAUUGUAGUGAGGCGCCCUCUGCCUCGUCGCAAAACUUGGAAAUCGAAACCACUUCCUGCUGUUAAAAAAGUGGGCUCUAAGGUUACAAAACCGUCUUCUUCGUCAAAAGUGCAUCAUGCUACUUCAGUGAGACGUCCUCAACCCCGUCCCAAACCAUCGAAAUCAAAACCACCACGCUCUGUAAAAAAAGUGGGCUCUAAAGCCAAAAAACGGCCGUGA